AUGGAGAAGAGUGGGAGGCAUUUUGUGCUGGUUCAUGGAGGUUGUCAUGGGGCAUGGUGUUGGUAUAGGGUGGCGACGCUGUUGAGAGCGGCGGGUCAUAGAGUCACCGCAGCUGCUUCUGGGAUUAACCCAAAGCAGCUGUAUGAGCUCCAUACCAUCUCAGACUACCUCGAGCCAUUGUUGUCAUUCAUGGCGGCGCUACCUUCGGAGGAAAGGGUUGUUUUGGUUGGGCACAGCGCAGGAGGGAUUGCCAUUUCAGUUGCCAUAGAAAGGUUCCCUCAAAAAGUUGCUGUUGCCGUUUUUGCCGCCGCUGUCAUGCCUGGUCCUGACCUCACUGUUCAAGCUAUCUUUGAUGAGACGGUUCAAGGAUUGGACUAUUACAUGGACAGUAAAUUGACAUUCGACCCAGAGCAGCGCAUAGCCUCUGUCUUAUUUGGCCCCAAGUUCUUAUCAACCAACUUGUAUCAACUCUCCCCACCCGAGGAUUUGACUCUUGGAAUGCUGUUGAUGAGACCACAUCCUUUCUUUUAUGAUGCAAAGUCAAUGAGGGACAUAACUUGUACCAAGGAAAAUUAUGGAUCAGUCCAUCGAAUUUUCAUCGUUAGUAGUCAAGACCAAGCAAUGACAAAGGACAUUCAAAUGUGGAUGAUCAAGAAUAAUCCGCCAGAUGAGGUGAAGACGAUCAAUACGGAUCACAUGGUCAUGUUCUCUGAGCCUUUUGACUUGUCCUCCAACCUGCAGGAAAUUGCUGACAAGUAUUAUUGAUUCUGGCACUUGUAGCUCUUAUAUAUUGCUCAACCUACUGUUUAGAAUAAACAAAUAAGAUUGUUG